AAGUCAGAUCAACAGAAAUUAAGCACUUAUUCUGUGCUAGAUUCGGCGCUAAAUGCUGGAGAUACAAAGAAAGGCAGAAGACAGACCCUGCUCUCAAGGAGCUCCCAGUAUAAUGGGGAAAACGAUAAGCAAACAAUCAUGUGCUUGCAAGCUAUUUACAGGAUAAAUUGGAAGUGAUCAACGGAGGGAAGGGACUAGUACUAAGGGGGAUCGGGAAAGACUUCUUGCAGAAGACGGUGGGCAAGAGCAGCAAGAUGCUGCAGCACAUCGACUACAGGAUGAGAUGCAUCCUGCAGGAUGGCCGCAUCUUCAUCGGCACCUUCAAGGCCUUUGACAAGCACAUGAACCUGAUCCUGUGUGACUGUGAUGAGUUCAGGAAGAUCAAGCCAAAGAAUGCAAAACAACCUGAACGUGAGGAAAAGAGGGUUCUGGGACUGGUGCUGCUUCGUGGGGAGAACUUGGUCUCUAUGACUGUGGAAGGCCCACCACCUAAAGAUACAGGCAUUGCCCGUGUGCCGUUAGCUGGAGCUGCAGGAGGCCCUGGGAUUGGCAGGGCUGCAGGCAGAGGUGUGCCAGCUGGUGUUCCCAUGCCCCAGGCUCCUGCAGGCUUAGCAGGACCUGUCCGGGGAGUUGGGGGGCCUUCCCAACAGGUGAUGACCCCCCAGGCGAGAGGGACUGUAGCGGCUGCUGCGGUUGCUGCCACGGCCAGUAUUGCAGGAGCUCCAACACAGUAUCCCCCUGGUCGAGGAACUCCUCCCCCACCUGUGAGCCGAGGGACACCUCCUCCAGGCAUGAUGGCCCCUCCUCCUGGAAUGAGACCUCCCAUGGGCCCCCCAAUGGGGAUGCCCCCUGGUCGAGGGGCACCAAUGGGGAUGCCCCCUCCUGGCAUGAGACCCCCUCCUCCUGGAAUGAGAGGUCCCCCUCCCCCAGGAAUGCGCCCACCAAGACCUUAGGAUUCCUCGGCUGCUGUGAUGCUGCCUCUGACUUGAGGCUGUAUAUAGUUUUGUGGGCUUUUUGUAUAAAGUGUGCUGCUUUUAAAUCGAUUCAUAAUAAAGUCUUGGGAAAAAAAA